GUAUUGCGCCGGCGGAGCCCCCAGCCCCGGAGGCUGCGGGGAGGGGCGUGGCCCCAGGGUUCCUGCCUACCGGGGCCCCAAGGCACGAGCGAGCGGCGCCCACAGACCUGGGGCUGCCUGGCAAAGUCUCGCUAGGAGGAGAGUUCCUCCCUGAAGUGGGACCCAGUGGAGGCUCCUGGGUGGAGGGUGGGCGGAUGUGGCCGCCGCCGAGUGGGUGCGACCUGUGCAGGGCCACGCGGUGAGGCAGGCGGGCGCGCGCGGAAAGGGCACAGGCGUUGGUUUUCGCUGAUGAAGGCAGUUAGCUAAGCUGGGGGCGCCCUGAGAGGUCAGUAGCACCAGACUCUCCAACAGGUCCGACCUGGCCACGGACUGCAGGAGAGGUUAGCAGGCCGCGAGAAGGCGAGGGCCCCUGCCAAAGAUGGCUGAUAAAGCCAAGAAGCAAGAGCCCGUGGAUGAAGUGGGCACAAGGACCGGAUUUACCCGCUACAAAUGGGAAUUGAAAAGCAGCAACAAAGAGUUCUGGCGCUCAGGGCACGCAGUGGUCAAGUUAAUAAGUGUGAUCUGCCUGUUCUUAGCACUGGCAUACUUCAACGCAGCCACGGCGCACCCUGCCUUGACUCUCAUCAUCACCUUGGAGGUGUUCAUCUUUUUCUUCUUCAUUAUCAUAUACACCUUUGCCAUCCAAAGAUACCUGGUUUUCAUCUUGUGGCCAGUUUCUGACCUCCUCAACGACUUGUGCUGCUUCGGGUUCCUCAUGGGCGGCAUAUUCUUUGCUAUAAACAGUCGAGAAACAAUGCCAGUGGAGUACGUCGUUGGUGUGGCCCUCAUGGGUGUGGCAGCACUGUUUGCUUUUAUCGAUUUAUGUCUUCAAAGAAAACACUUUGGCAAGAAGGGCCCUCCAGCUGCUCCUCCACCAGCGUCAUGAAGGAGAUUCCCAUUUCAGAAAUGGAAGUGUAUUUUACAGCAAAACACUUGGACUGUCUUCCUGGUCUGCUUUCUAGAAUGGUUUUCUUUUCCAUUUUAACAACUUCCUCUUCUUGGAAAAGAAUUUUCUCCUUAAAUGAAUUUUAAAACUCGAAGUUGAUGUAAACAUUCUUUGGUUCACUUAACAAAAGUUACUGGAAGUUAUGGUACAGAGGGAGAGACCUGAGACCCAGGGCUCCCUGGGAUCACUCUUGGGCCAAGGCACAGAGAGUUUAGGGGACCAGAUACACCAAUGACACUGGUGUUUGUCAACACUGACCAGCCAAAGGGGCCAGAGGAAAAUAAGAGAUUGGAAAACAAAUGAAUGCAUACAUUUUGUUCACAUUAAUAUUCUCAUUUUAUAUUUUUUAAAGCAUCCAAGUGGUCAUUGUGAGAAAAAUAAGUUUGUUGGACUUCCUUGCUCUUACAAUGGCGUUUAAUGCUGAUCCUCAUUUGAAGUUCACUAAAGAGGGGUUGGGGGGAAUGUCAUCACCUCAGGGCCUAAACUGGGCUGGAAAUAUGGGCUGAACUUGG